AUGGCUAUAAGUUACUCUUUUCCUGCUCCAAUCCCAAUCAGACGGCCUGCAGCCAGUAGACAGGUGAUGCGGGCUCAUAAUCAAAUCUCAAUUAAUACCAAACCUCUUCAGAUCAGAUCAUUUUACAAGAAUAAGGUUUUCGAAGACCUGUCAGCAGGUAUUGUAUGUUAUAGAGAUGAGAAUGGGGAGAUAACAUGUGAAGGAUUUGACGAGGGUCCUCGUUUUCAUCUCCAAUUAUCAAGUUUAAUUACUUGUAAUUCAAGAGACAUUGAGAUUGUUGAACUUCUUCAGAGAUGUUGGGAUCAAGUUGGUGCUGCUGCUGAUUUUAACAAGUAA